AUGAAGGUUCCAGAUCGGUUAGAGACUUGUCAUGAUCCUCUUAGAAUAAUAAGAUUAACUUUUAUACCAGAAAAACUAGUUGACUUAGUUUCAAUGGCAAUGAAGAUUGGCAUACUGUUCUGUCUUAUAGGAUCCAUAGCAAUUGCUAUCCAGUCAACAUUCGCUAAACCGGACCGAUGGUUUCCACUACCGGAGCAUUUACAUAUUAUACAGAAUGAUUCAAUCAUUGAAAUUGACACUGAAGCAACAAACAUCUCACAUAUUGUAUUCGGCAUUGCUGGUUCAUCGAACACGUGGCAUAGCCGUAGCAACUACGGGAAGAUUUGGUGGAAUCCAAACACUUGUAGAGGUUAUGUUUGGCUUGACAAGAGACCGAAGAAUUUGAAGCUGGAUGAUAAGUUAAUUCCAUAUAAAAUCUCAAAGGGAUGGGCCAGGUUUAAGCACACACACUCUGCGUCCGCUGUUCGGAUAGCACGGAUAGUUUAUGAAAGCUUUAGACUCGGUUUGCCAAAUGUUAGGUGGUUUGUAAUGGGAGACGAUGACACAGUGUUUUUUCCGGAGAAUUUAGUUACUGUGUUGGGAAAAUAUGAUCAUAGUCAAUUUUAUUAUAUUGGUGGAAAUUCUGAGAGUGUGGAACAAGAUGUGAUGCAUUCUUUUGAUAUGGCUUUUGGUGGUGGUGGUAUUGCAAUUAGUUAUGCAUUAGCAGCUAGACUAGCCAAUAUUAUGGAUUCUUGUCUUCACAGAUACUUUUAUUUUUAUGGUUCUGAUCAAAGACUUUGGGCUUGUAUAAAGGAAUUAGGAGUACCGCUUACCCGAGAAAGCGGAUUCCAUCAGUUUGAUGUUCAAGGGAAUCCAUAUGGUAUUUUAGCGGCGCACCCUUUGGCACCACUUGUGUCGCUUCAUCACCUUGAUCAAUUGAACUCAGUGUUUCCGAACCAAACUCAAAUGAGUUCAUUGAGAAAGCUCAUCAGUGCAUACCAGCUUGACCCUGCAAGGAUAGUGCAGCAAAGUAUUUGUUAUGACCAUAGCCGAAAAUGGUCAAUAUCUAUUUCGUGGGGCUACACAAUACAAAUCUAUUCACUGUUGGUGAGUGCCGCAGAUCUGCAGAUGCCCUUGCAGACGUUUAAAACAUGGAGAAGUUGGAGCGAUGGUCCUUUCACGUUUAAUACUCGAUGGUUGAACCCUGAUGUAUGUGAGCAACCGUCUAUAUUUUUCCUGGAUCGGGCUAAAAAGGUGGGGGACGGAAGUGUAAUGACCUAUAAGAGAUCUGUUGACCAGGAAGCAAAGAACUGCAAGAGAGCAGAUGGAGAAAUUCGGGGAAUUAAAGUUUCUGCCUUGAGGCUGGAUUCAGAAUAUUGGAACAAUGUACCACGCAGGCAUUGCUGCCAAUUUAUGAAUGGUGGAAGCAUAAAGGAUGGCAAUGUGCAUAUCAGAGUUAGGAAGUGCAGACCUCAAGAAACAAUAUCUACUUAG